AACUUUUCCCCUAAUGCUGUUUCUCCAGGAUCCAUGUUGGUUGCCUUUAUUGCUUAGUGUCCUACAGAGUAACUGACGCAGCUUUAUAAACCACUGUAUUGCUAAUCCCCUCUGGUCUCAUUGGCAACAACACCUAUUAACUCACUCUAUUUUUAGUUUACAUUGUUUGGUUUAUGUAUUUAAAUCGCUGGAAUAAAGAGUUUGCUUAACCAAACUAAAGGACAGCAUCACCGGUGACGUUCACAUGAAGAAAGGCAGGGUCUUGCGCUAACCAGAGCGCAGCUCUGACGCGUUUUUUUCUGCAGCGCUUUGGCGCACACAGAUAUAAAACCCAGAGCGCACCGAGGGCUCAGAAGAGCAGAAGAGACGCCACAGGACUGAGCGCAACAUCUCCCAACUCGUUCUCUGGGAAUGUAAGUAACAUAAAAUUAGAUUUUUAAAGCCUUUACAUGGACUUAUAACUUAACCAAAGUUUCUCCAGACCUCUUCUUGGUUGAUUUCUAUUUGUUUUGCACCUUUAAAAGUACUGAGUCAUGUUUAUGCUCUGACUCCAAGGAUGAACAGCGACCAGUCUUUGUUCAAGAAAAGUAAAUAACUCAUUUAUCUAAAACUGGUAGGAACAACUAUUCUAAGAGACCAACUCUUUCCUCUUUCCUCCCUCAGAUGCAUCCUAACUUGGUGAGCUGGCUCGGGACUCUGGGCGUCCUGCUGUGGGCGCUGCUCUGUCUGGGCGCCCUGACGGAGGGAUACCCGGUGAAGCCGGAGAACCCCGGGGAGGACGCCCCGGCGGAGGAACUGGCCAAGUAUUAUUCAGCCUUGAGACAUUACAUCAACCUGAUCACGAGACAGAGGUAAGCGGACUAAUCACACUUCUUCGUGGGGUUAAAAAAACUCAAACCUAAUAUAGGGAGCUGCUGCACGUUAGAUUUUAGACUGAUACUGAUAUGAACUUUGGGAUGAUGUUCUCCAUCAGAGACAGAAUUGGUUUAAAUUCAUUUAACUGGAUUUUAUUGUGUGCAUAUCAUUUAGUGUAUUAGUGUAAAAGUGUUUCUGCUGAAAAAUUGAUCACUGCGUAAUGUUGACUGCUGAUACAAAAAGUAUGCUUUCUUGAUCUUGGAGGUAAACGUUUGAAAUUGAAGGAGAAAAUAUGGUUCAGAGGAAACUAAUACAGACAUUUGUACAGUUGUUUGUGUACGUAGUGCACUUAAACUGAUGUAGUGCAUUCAAACCAGUAUAUUUAAUUAAAAAAACACAUUUCCACUCAUUUCUUUAUUAAAUACUAACUAAUAGUCUUUAGAGGAAACUGCUCCAUUAGAGUCUCUGCAAAGCAUCUGAUAAUAAUGCAUUUCCACAUCAACAACCAAAGCAUGACUCCACCCUAACUUCUGCCUGCUCAUGCUGUUCGUCCCACUCUUGUGGUUCUGGGAACACCUGCUGUCCAUUAACUUCACAUUAUCAAAGAAAAGGAAACGGAGGAGAAUUGACUUCCUUGUGCAACAUGCUGUGUCAUUUUACCCACAGUCUUUAAACUCUCUUCUGCAUGUCAGAGGGGGAUGCCUCUGCGUGUGACCGCACACCCACUGUGACAGCGCACCAUCACAGCUUAUCAUCUGAGGGACAGAGCGAGAAAUACAACCACCUAUAACGCAGCUCCUGUCUGCCUCUGCGGGGUUUCAGUCUGACUAUGUUCAUCCUGCAUCCAGUUCAUAAUUGGUGUGACAUGAGGACAUGCAGAGAGAUAGGUUCAGUUUUCUGCUCACCAGAAGGCCUAAACUGGUCCCUUAAACUAACAAAUCAUCAUUUUUGUGUGUUUCAGGUAUGGAAAGCGGUCCAAUCCUGAGAUUUUGGAUACACUGGUCUCCGAGCUGCUGUUAAAGGAAAGCACAGACGCUCUUCCACAGUCAAGGUGUGUCUCUAGAAAACUGUGAAUGAGAAACCACUACAUUGUCACGACCCUCUCCAUGGCUGAUGUUGACUUUUGCUCCUCUCUUUGCAGAUAUGACCCGUCAUUGUGGUGAUGCUGUCAUCAGUGUUGGCUCCACCUCACCUCUACACGCCUUUCACUCGACACCUGUCCGACUCAAAUGACCGCCUCAUCACUGCCCAGUUUACCUCGACAAGCUGCCACACAAAGUCAGCCCCUCCUCCUUCACCCAUCCGCUACAAUCACAACUGCUUCUGCCUACGUGCCAUAAAAUUGUAAAUAGUUUCUUCAGAGGUAUCACUUGUAAACCAUGAAAGUGGGGGAGGGAGUGUUGAUUGUAUUGCAUUAUUGUGCUAUUAAAGAUUAAUUGUUUGAAAGCGCUAUUUCUUUUCUUUUGUUUACAAGAUCCAACGCCAUGUUUUGGUAAGAAUAAAGUAUCUUGAGUCAUAGUGUAGAUUCUUCAGCAUGUUGAGCCUUGUUAACAGGCUGUUUGUGAAUCAGAAAAGAGAUUAAAAUAGAAGUUGGAGCGAUUCACCACAAUGACAUCAUAAUCCGUGUGAUUAAUUAUUGAAGGGUGAAUAACUCUGAUGUUAGUCUAUAGACAAAGCACUGAUCCUGAAUUCUUUGUGAUAAACAGUUCAACUGUUUCCUUGA